AUGGAUCCAUACUCUAAGAGAAGACUUGAGCUAAAUGAUGCAGCCGGGAUUCCAUUAAACAAAAACUUUCACUCGUUAGUAAUUGAAGCACAAGGUUAUGAGAAUUUGCAUUUUGGUGAAAGAGAUUGUAGAAACUUCAUUGCAAAAGUAAGAUUAUUGAGACUUGGGAUUGGGGAUGCUGAAGCACUUCGUAAUUAUUUUGUUCGCAUGCAAAGACAAAGUCCAAUUUUUUAUUAUGUGAUUGACAUAGAUGAUGAAGGACGUUUGCGAAAUGUGUUUUGGGCAGAUGCACGGUCUAGGGCAGCUUACAAGUCAUUUGGAGAUGUUGUGUCUUUUGAUAGCACAUACUUAACUAAUAGGUAUAACAUGCCUUUUGCUCCUUUUGUUGGUGUGAAUCACCAAGGACACUCAAUCUUACUCGGAUGUGGCUUACUAUUGGCGGAGGAUAAAGAAACAUAUGAAUGGUUAUUCAAGUCAUGGCUUGAAUGUAUGGAUGGCUGUCCACCAAAAGCAAUAAUAACAGACCAAUGUAGAUCAAUGCAAGCAGCCGUGACAUGUGUUUUCUCCGAGUCACAUCAUCGUCUUUGCCUUUGGCAUGUUAUGAAGAAGGUCCCUGAAAAAUUAGGUGGCUUAAGGCAAUACAAAGAAAUCAAAAGAAUCUUAAAAAUCCAUGUGUACGAGUCUAUAGAUACUCAAGAAUUCGAAAAUGGCUGGUUAAAAAUGAUGAAAGAUUACAAUCUAGAAAAGAAUGAGUGGCUUUGCUAUUUGUUUAAUGAUCGAAAGCGUUGGGUGCCAAUAUAUGUAAAGAAGUGGUUUUGGGCUGGUAUGUCUACAACUCAAAGAAGUGAAAGCAUGAACGCUUUUUUUGAUGCUUAUGUUAAUUCAAAAACGUCCCUGCGACAAUUUGUUGAACAAUAUGACAAUGCAUUGAAAAGCAAAGUGGAGAAAGAAACAAGUGCUGAUCAUGAUUCUUUGAAUUAUUCUUAUCGAUUGAUUAGUGGACUUAAUAUUGAAAAGCAGUUUCAUGAAGCUUACACUAAUGAAAUAUUUAAUUUGUUUCAAGACGAAUUGCGAGGUAUGAUGUUUUGUAAUCACAUUUUGAUUAAAACUAAUGGUACACUAUCUAUAUUUCAUGUGACGGACAUUGUUGAAAGGAAACAUGGGGGCAAGAAAAAAGUCGUAUAUAGUGUAAGUUAUGAUGCGCUCGAAUGUGAUAUCAAAUGUUCUUGUCACUUGUUUGAGUUUCGAGGAAUUGUUUGUAAGCAUAUGCUAAAAGUCUUGAUUGAAAUGGAAGUUCAAGAAAUUCCUUCACAUUAUAUUUUGUCUCGAUGGAGGAAAGAUGUGAAACAUGCUCACUACUUUGUGAGAAAUUGUUAUGAAGAUUUGAAGAGUGGGGAGCAAGUUAAAAGAGUUGAUCGCUUAUGUGCUAACUUCUACGAACUUGCACAAUUUGCUAGUUCUCAAGAAAAAUAUAACUACUUGAUGAAAUGUAUUAACAUGGCAAAAGAAAAGCUAAACGAUGAUUCAAGUUGGGUUGUUGGUAGCAAUGUAACUUUGAUAUCUGAAGAUGUUCACCAUGUAUCAAGCUCAACUAAAAAGUUGUUGGAACCCGCUCAAGUGCGUAGUAAAGGUCGCCCGCCAUCAAAAAGAAAGCAAUCCACAUUAGAAAAGAAUGUGAAGAAAAAAAGAAAGAAAAACUGUGUUUACUCGAUUCUGUCUUGCGUGUUUAACGCCGUGAUGGCACCUUUUCGGUGUCUUUGCUGUGGAUUGGGUAGACGCAUGAAAGCACCGGGUCGACCCGGUAAGACGAUGUUAAGAUCUGAUUUUGAAGCUGAUCCUAGAGGCUAUUUUCGUGAUCUUCGUGGUAAUCGUAAUUUUUAA